AUGUCAUCCAAUCCAGUAGGUAGAGCUCUUGGCACUGCUACCACCGCUAUUCAGGAACAAGUCAAAAAUGCAGUUAAUGAGGUCACAAAUUUUGUUGAUAAUAACCCCAGAACUGCAACAGCCGUUGGAACAACCGUUGGUAUUGUGGCUACAGCCGUAAUUACAGCUGGUGUUAAUCAAGUUAUUUCUCCUCCUUCGCCAGUUGAUUUU